UUCCUGCUCCUCCUCGUGAUUGGGUGGCGCGCGCUAAAGGAGGCGGCUUCGUCCCCGCCGUCCCAGAGCAGCGGAGCUCCGGCCCGGCCAGCCCGCAGAAGCCUCCGAGGGUCUCCUGGAGCAGGUUGGGAGGGAGGGAUCGGCUGCACCGCCCGGAGCGCCGUCCGGCCGCCUCUCGUGCCUAUUGGCUGAGCCGAGGUGUGAGCGUCGGGUCCGAGGAGUUAUUGGCAAGAUGUGGAAAGCAACCAUCUUUUUGGUCCUGCUGACCCUGGACUCCAGUGAAGGCAUUUUCCGUUCCUUGUAUAAAGGUUAUUCUGUUUCUACCCCAAGCCAUGGUGACUCAGGACAGCCUCUCUUUCUCACACCUUACAUCAAAAGUGGAAAAAUUCAGGAAGGCAAGCAGUUGAGUUUGGUCAGCCCAUUCUCAGGAAUCAACGUGAAGAGUUACUCUGGCUACCUCACUGUGAAUGAAACUUAUAACAGCAACCUAUUCUUCUGGUUCUUUCCUGCUCAGGAAAACCCCAGCGAUGCCCCGGUCGUGCUCUGGCUCCAAGGGGGCCCGGGCGGAUCCUCCAUGUUCGGCCUCUUUGUGGAGCACGGGCCUUACGUUGUCAACAAGAACCUCACCGUGCGAGCGCGAGACUUUCCUUGGACUGCGAAGUUCUCCAUGCUGUACAUCGACAACCCGACGGGCACCGGCUUCAGCUUCACGGAGGAUGCCCGGGGAUUUGCAGCCAGCGAAGACGACGUGGCAAGAGACCUUUACAGCACACUCACUCAGUUUUUCCAGCUGUUUCCAGAGUACCGGAAGAAUGAUUUCUAUGCCACUGGAGAGUCUUAUGCAGGGAAAUAUGUGCCUGCCAUUGCCCAUUACAUCCAUAUCCUCAAUCCCACGGCCAAGGUCAAGAUCAACUUGAAAGGUGUUGCUAUUGGCGAUGGCUUCUCUGAUCCAGAAACUAUCAUAGGAGGCUACGCGGGAUUCCUAUACCACAUCGGCUUGUUAGAUGAGAAGCAGAAAAAAUACUUCCAGAAACAAUGUGCUGAGACCAUCAAGCACAUCAAGGAGAAGAAGUGGAGGGAGGCCUUUGAAGUUUUUGACAGCUUGCUGAAUGGCGACUUAACGAGUUCUCCUUCAUACUUCCAGAAUUCAACAGGAUGUUCUAAUUAUUUUAACUUUUUACAGUGCCAGGAACCAGAAGAAGAAAGUUACUUCGGGGACUUUCUGUCGCUACCAGAAGUGAGAAGAGCCAUCCACGUGGGCAACCUGACUUUUCAUGAUGGUUCUGAAGUUGAAAAGCACAUGUGGGCAGAUUGGUUCAAAUCGGUGAAGCCGUGGUUAGUGGAGAUCAUGAAUAACUAUAGGGUGCUGAUCUACAGCGGGCAGCUGGACAUCAUCGUGGCGGCAUCCCUCACCGAGCGUUCCCUGAUGGCCACAACCUGGAAGGGCCUCCACGACUACAAGAAGGCGGACAGAAAAGUGUGGAGGGUGCACAGCUCGGACGUGGAUGUGGCCGGCUAUGUCCGGCAGGUCGGGGACUUCCACCAGGUAAUUGUUCGAGGUGGAGGACACAUCCUGCCCAAUGAUCAGCCGCUCCGAUCUUUUGACAUGAUCAACCGCUUUAUUUUUGGAAAAGGAUGGGAACCCUACUGAUGGCUACCACAAAUACUCGAAGGAACUCAGGGGCUUUACGGCUCAAGAGAAAAUUUAGGAAAUUGAAAACAAUCUGUGAUUUCUAGAAAUCUACUUACAUCAUUAUCACUGUACUUGAAGUUUAGGAAAAUGUUGUUUUAUUAGUUUAAAAUGUAUUUCAAACAAAUAAUGUGUAUUUUCCCAAAAAAAAUGAACUUUAAGAAAAUAUUGUAUAGGCAAGAGGAUCAUGUGAUUUAUUUUAAGGUAAAAAUGAGUUGUGGAAAGAAGCCUGGCCAGGAUUCAGGAGGCCAGAGCUCCAAUUCCAGUCCCAGCCCCAUAUCUGGGUGACCUUGGACCAGUCUCUUGAACCUCAGGCUCCAUGACUGUAUAAUGGGGAAGCAAGGGGAUGCUUUCGUUGCUUCAUCUCAUUGAGGUAAAGAAAACGCCCUACGCAGUGUGACUUAUUAUUAUAUUAUGACAUUUAUUCAGUUGGGGAGGAUAGAUAGUUUCAGAGAAAUGGGGGAAGAUUUGUAAGAACUGAUGCAAAAUGAAGUGAGCAGAUCCAGAACAAUUUAUGUAUAACAACAUUGAGAAGGCAAAAAAUUUGGAAAAAUCAAAGAAUUCCAAUCAGUGAAGGAUCAGUGAUGAAGAAUGCCAUCUACCAGAAAGGUGACAUAGAAGAAAGUGGCUCAAGAUGCAGAAGAAGACACAAUUUUGGAUGUGCCCAAUGUGGGACUUGGUUUUGAUUGGCCAUAUUUCUUUGGUACUGUGUUCUUUCUGGUUUUUUCUUUUUUUCCUAGAAGGAAAUGGAGAGAGGUGGGAGAGAAACAAAUUCUUGUUAUUUGAAAUAUAAAUAAAAUACAGUUUUAAAAAUUGAA